AUGGUUGCAAGACGGAAUGAUGAUGUUAUUUCUGAGGAGUUGCCGAUGUUUGUUGGUGCUAUUGUGAAGACUUUGAAUGUGAAUGCUGGUAAUAGAGAAGAGGAUGAGUUUCGUGCUUUUGGUAAAUUCUUGAGGAACAAUACACCUAUCUUUGAGGAGAUUGAGAAGAUCUUUCGGGAAGCUGAGGAUUGGUGGGGUAACACUGUUCAGAGGUUUGAUGAAGAAGGAAUUGAGGUUACUUGGGCUCAUUUCCGUGAUGCAUUUCUAGAGAACUACUUUCUAGAAGAUGUGCGUGGGAAGAAAGAGGUUGAGUUUCUUGAGCUGAAGCAGGGUAAUGGAACUAUGGCAGAGUAUGCUGCAAGAUUUCAGGAGUUGAUUAAGUAUUGUCCUCAUUACAAUACUGCUAAUGCUGAGAGGUCUAAGUGUCUCAAGUUUGUGAAUGGUUUGAUACUUGAGAUUAAGAAGGCUAUUGGUUAUCAACCGAUUUCACAUUUUAUUGAGUUGGUCAACAAGAAUAGGAUCUAUGACAAAUUUUACUUGAUAAGUUCCUAUCUAGAGAGAGAAUCUUUUUAA